AUGACAAGGCUUUCGCCACGAAUCGUCACUUUUGCCCUAGUGGUUCUUGCACCGGUCUGCUUCCUGGCAACAGCUGCAAUGCAACAGCUACUCCUUGUUGAAGAUUUUGUUCUUCCUUUUUUACUCAACUUCUUUUUGCGAAAAGAUAUACCGUUCGUUAUGACUGGCAUUAUGUUUGCCUGGACAUAUGUGAUAACGGCGUCUUUAAGUGUUAUAGCUCAAGCUGCUGGUUCGAGAAAUGGAUACUAUGAUAAUAAUGAACCAAGACUCCCUAUUCAUAGAUCAUCUUUAAAAGGCGCACUAGCUAGGAUGGUAGCAGCACAUAAUGUUGCAUUAGAGAAUGCCCCUGCAUUUUUUACAGCAGUAAUCAUUGCAUCAUUAAAUAAAGUACCUUUGAAAUAUAGGACAAGCUUUUCCGUUAUAUAUACAAUUCUUCGAAUUAUCCACACUCCAUUAUAUGUUUUGGAUUUUGAUAUUGCGCGUGUAAUUAUACAUGUCAUGGCUUUAUCAUGCACCGUGUGGCUAUUUGCAUUUGCUCUUGUUCCUAAUUUCGAGAAGAAUUAUUCAACGGUGACAGAAGUGGUUACCUUGUUAAGGAGCGUUUCCGAUGAUGCAACGUGGAAUUUUUGA